AGUGAGUACUUCGGUAAUCAGCAACAAAGCUCCCCCUGCCUGUCCUUGAGCAAGUGCUGCUGUGUUAGCAAACACACACAAACACUCACUCGGCAAAGACUGUUAUGAAACUGAAUCAGCACAACAUUUUACUUUGUAUACAGCCUUUAAAACAGAAAUACCAUUGCGGUCAAUGGGGCUCGAUGACUUUUGCAGCCUCGACGGUUCCGAUCCAUUUUGGGAUUGGAACCGGACAUGGUACACUCCUAACCCAGAUCUGACCCAGUGUUUCCAGAACACAGUGCUGGUGUGGGUCCCCUGCAUCUACCUCUGGGUGUGCGCACCUUUCUAUUACCUUUACCUCCACAGCCAUAACAAGGGGUAUAUCUGCAUGUCCCAUCUCAACAGAGCCAAAACUGUUUUCGGGUUCUUGCUGUGGAUUAUCUGCUGGGCAGAUGUUUUCUACUCUUUCUGGGAAAGAAGCCAGGGUACUUCCAAAGCGGCCGUCUACUUGGUCAACCCCACGCUGCUGGGAAUCACAAUGUUGCUGGCUGCGUUUCUCAUUCAGUAUGACCGGAUUAAGGGGGUCCAGUCUUCCGGGGUGAUGCUGGUUUUCUGGCUGAUCACGGUGGUCUGCGCUGCUGUCACUUUCCGUUCCAAGAUCCUGCAGGCUUUCAGUGAGGUGUCUAGUGUCAGUGUGUUUCGCUACACCACGUUUUAUACAUACUGCACUCUCCUGCUGGUCCAGCUGAUCCUCGCCUGUCUCGCUGACCAGCCGCCACUGUUCUCCAAGGCUGUGAAAGACACUAACCCUUGUCCAGAAUCAGGCGCUUCUUUUCUGUCCAAGAUCACCUUCUGGUGGAUCACUGGGUUGAUGACUCAGGGCUACAAGCGUCCCCUGGAGGAGCGGGACCUGUGGUCCCUGAAUGAGGAUGACCAGUCUCAGGGGGUCGUUGCCCAGCUGGUCCGGAGCUGGCAGCACGAGUGUGCAAAGAUCAAGAGGUCACCAUCCUUACUAAACUUGCAAUAG